ACUUAGCCCUUUGUAUAAAAUAAAAAAAAAUUGCAAUCAGAUUUUACAUUAACUUCCUCUGUUCCUCGUACCAUUUGUCUUUCAACUUCCAAGAAAGUACAAAGCACCAUGGAGUUCUUUAAGGACGCCACAGCUGUAAGACUCAGAAGUCACUUCAACAAGUACCUAGUAGCUGAAGACGACGAAGAAAAAGUACGGCAGAGGAGCAAUGGGGCCUCAAACAGAGCGUUUUGGACCAUCGAGUUUGUGGAAGAAAACAGCAACCUUAUCCGCUUGAAAAGCUGCCAUGGCAAGUACCUCAAGGCCUCAGACGAACCAUUUUUGCUAGGGAUGACAGGUAACAAAGUGUUACAAGCUAUGCCAGUAUCAGAAAAUGAUAGUUCUAUCGAGUGGGAGCCUAGAAAAGAUGGUGUUUACUUGAAAUUGAGGACGAAAAGUGGGAAUUAUCUGCGAGGUAAUGGUGGCACGCCCCCUUGGAGGAACACGGUCACACAUGAUUUGCCCUCUAGGACUGCAACGCAGGAUUGGAUUCUUUGGGAGGUGGAUAUGGACAUAACAAGAGAUCGUUCGUCUUUAUCAUCAUUUUCAAUAAACUCUUCGGUUGUGGAGGAUUAUGAGGGGUCUGAGUGUUCGGAAACAAGCAUGCCAUCAGCUAUCUCUAUAGAUGAGAUUGCAAGUGAAAGAAAGGAUGAAGAAGGAUCUGGUAAUUCCAAGAAAUCUGAUGAGGAUGAAAUCAUAAAACUUGGUACUCAGGUUGCUGAUUACCAGAGAAGAGAAAAGAAGUUUUGGCUUUGGUUGGUGUUGUGCUGGGUCCUAUGUGGGUUACUCAUAUUUUUAUUUUUAAGUGCAGUAAUGUCUGGUUCAACAACGGAACAAUAUUUGUUUUAUCUUAAACUAAAGGGGUUUAGCUUUGGUAACGUUGAUGCUAGGUUCAAUUGGUCAAAAACUGCUAGGGGUGUUGUGGUGUGAUGCUUCAUGCUUGUUCGGUAUGGCUGUUGCUAAG